AUGGGGCGGCGGGGGGGGUUGCUGGGGGGCCGGGCUCCGCUCCAUUUGCUGCUGCUGUGUCACGCCUGGGCGCUGCCGCCGCCGCCGCCCCCCCGGGAGGCUCAGCCGCUGCUGCCCGCCCGCCUGCCCGCACCCCCGGGCCAGCUCGCCCUCAGGCUGGCCGCUUUCGGCCGCUCCGUCGUGCUCCGCCUCCGCCCCGACGCCGCUUUCUUGGCACCCCGGCUCCGUUUCCAGCGCUUAGGGGGUCGCCGUUCCCCGGGUCGGAGCCCGCCGCGCCGGGGCUGCUUCUAUUCGGGAAGCGUCGAGGGGAGCCCCGAUUCCCCCGCCGUGCUCAGUCGCUGCGAGGCGGGGGGAGGUUUCCGAGCCGCUUUUCUCCUCGAUGGGGUCUCCUAUGAGCUGCAGCCCCUAGGGCAGCCCUCGAGCAGCCCUCCCUGGAGACGCCUGCACCGCCUCCGGCGCCGAGCCGCCCCGCCGGGCACCCCCAGCCCCGCUGCUGCUGCCGAGGCCACCGGGAUCGGCCCCGGGGAGCCGCUCCGCAGAGCCAAGCGCUUCGUGUCCCAGGCGCGGUUCGUGGAGACGCUGCUGGUGGCUGAUGCAUCCAUGGUGCACUUCUACGGGGAGGAGGUGGAGAACCACGUCCUGACCCUGAUGUCCAUGGCUGCUCGCAUCUACAAACAUCCCAGCCUGAAGAACUCCAUCAACCUGGUGGUGGUGAAGGUGCUGGUGGUAGAUGAGGCGGCAGCGGGGCCGGAGGUGUCUGACAAUGGUGGCCUCACCCUGCGCAACUUCUGCAGCUGGCAGCAAAAGUUCAACCCCCCGAGCGACCGCCACCCAGAGCACUAUGACACUGCCAUCCUGCUGACCAGACAGGACUUCUGUGGCCACCAGAGCUGUGACACGCUGGGAGUGGCAGAUAUUGGCACCAUGUGCGACCGCAACAAGAGCUGCUCGGUGAUUGAGGACGAGGGCUUGCAGGCAGCCUACACCCUGGCUCAUGAACUGGGUCACGUACUCAGCAUGCCCCACGAUGAUUCCAAGACCUGUGAGCGGCUCUUUGGGCCCCUUGGGAAGCACCAUAUGAUGGCUCCUCUCUUCAUCCACUUGAACAAGACCCAGCCCUGGUCUCCUUGCAGUGCCAUGUACCUCACCGAGUUCCUGGAUGGAGGGCACGGUGACUGCUUGCUCGAUGCUCCAGCUGAUCCUCUCUCCCUCCCUGCUGAGCUGCCUGGCCAGGGAGCCCUGUACAGCCUGGACCAGCAAUGCCAGCAGAUCUUUGGCAAGGACUUCCAGCACUGCCCCAACACCACGGAGGAGGACAUCUGUGCCCAGCUCUGGUGCAGGACAGGCAGUGGGGAGCCCCUUUGCCACACCAAGAAUGGCAGCUUGCCAUGGGCUGAUGGCACCCCCUGCAAAACCAGUGGGCUGUGCUGGGAUGGACGCUGCCUGCCACAGGAUGCCCUGCAGCCCCAGCCCGUGGUGGAUGGUGGCUGGGGCCCAUGGAGCCCCUGGGGCUCCUGCUCCCGGACCUGUGGAGGUGGUGUGCAGUUCUCCUACCGGCACUGUGACAGCCCCAAGCCCCAGCACGGUGGCAGGUACUGCGAGGGCCAGCGUGCCAAGUACCAGUCCUGCCACACUGAGGAGUGCCCACCAGAUGGCAAGAGCUUUCGGGAGCAGCAGUGUGAGAAGUACAACAGCUACAACUUCACGGACCUGGAAGGGAACCUCCUGGAGUGGGUCCCCAAGUAUGCAGGAGUGUCACCCCGAGAUCGAUGCAAGCUCUUUUGCCAAGCCAGAGGAAGGAGUGAAUUUAAAGUCUUUGAGGCCAAAGUGAUCGACGGCACGUUGUGUGGACCAGAGACCCUCUCCAUCUGCGUCCAUGGGCAGUGCAUCAAGGCUGGCUGUGAUCACAUUGUUGGGUCCUCCAAGAAGCUGGACAAGUGUGGGGUGUGUGGUGGCAAUGGCUCCACGUGCAGGAAAAUAUCUGGCUCGCUCAACCGAUCCAAAUAUGGCUACAACGACAUCGUCACCAUCCCUGCUGGGGCAACCAACAUCGACAUCAAGCAGCGCAGCCACCGAGGGGUCCGACACGACGGGAACUACCUGGCCCUGAGGACCCUCGAGGGCAAGUACCUGCUGAAUGGCAACUUCUCCAUCUUGGCCAUGGAGCAGGACAUCCCCAUCAAGGGGACCAUCCUGAAAUACAGCGGCUCCAUGACGACCCUGGAGAGGCUGCAGAGCUUCCAGCAGCUCCCAGAGCCCCUGACCGUCCAGCUGCUGACCAUCGCCAGUGAGGUCUUCCCCCCCAAAGUCAAGUACACCUUCUUCAUCCCCAAGGAUGUCCCUUUCAGCAAGCCAAAAGGCAAAGAGAAGAAGUCAGCCAACGUCAUCCGCCCCAUGCUGACCUCCCAGUGGGUGCUGGGCGACUGGUCCGAGUGCUCCAAGACCUGUGGCUCCGGCUGGCAGAGGCGGACGGUGGACUGCCGGGAUGUGGAGGGUCAAACCUCCUCCACCUGCGACCGAGCCCUCAAGCCUGAGGACAUCAAGCCCUGCGGAGACGUCCCCUGCCCGCUCUGGCGCCUGGGGCCCUGGUCCCCCUGCUCCCAGACGUGCGGCGAGGGCGUGCGGACGCGCAGCGCCUCCUGCAUCGAUUACACCGGGCAGCUCACCGCCCCGGGGAAGUGCAGCUCCCCAGGGCCGCCGCCAGCCACCUCCCCCUGCCUGCUCCGGCAGUGCUGAGCCGUGCCACGCCGGGACAGGAUGGCCAGGGUGCCGCGGGCUUGUUCACCAGACAGACAACCACUCUCCAGUGCCUCAUCCCCACCCCAGCGAUGUCUACCUCAGAGGGGGGAAUAAC